UUCUUCAAAAGCAGCUAGUUUUCUUGUUUAAAUCAGUCCUAUUCUGUGCCAAUGAUUUCCGUUUCGCAGUAGUGUAGUGUAUCCUUGUGUAAAUGUUACCGAAAACUGCCAAAAUGCCCGCGAUUCGAGACAGUCACGUAGUUAAAAUUGCGGUCGAGUUCGAAACCGGAAUUCCGCAGCUUAUCGAAUUUGAUCAGCGACAACCACUGGCUACGAUCAUCCAGAACCUGUGUUCGUUCUGGGUUAUCCAGGAUCCGGAAAGUUACGCCUUGCGAUUCACCGAUGUUAACAACAACUAUGUAACGGAGAAGAAUAGGCACGAUGUGAAAAACGGAUCAGUACUGAAAAUGGUACAUUCGCCGUCCAAAACGGCUAGCGUCAUUUUGGAAAAACUACAAGGAGGAAAGAGUGAAGAGAUGGUAAAAGUAUUGCAGGAACUUCCGGGGCUUAGUGCGGACAUUACUUUUGCGCUAGAGUUCAUUAAAGAACAAGGACUAAAUUUGAUUAUUGGAAUCAUAGAAGAUCCCAGCUGGAAGGAUGGGGGAAAUAUAUUAAAAUUUGCUUUGUCUGCUUUUGUAGAGCUGAUGGAUCACGGAACUGUGUCGUGGGAUAUUCUGCAACCAGCUUUUAUUUCUAGAAACAUUGCCUUCAUCAAUGGAAACAGUAACAAAGAGAUUGUGCAAUCCGCAUUGUCAAUACUGGAAAACAUCGUUCAGGCUAGUAGCAAAUUUUCAUUGGUUGAAAAAGAAGUUACGUUAGAAGUGUUGCUGAAGCUUUUGCAGGAUUCUCCUUCAACGGUGAUUCAGCAAAACACAAUCGCUCUUAUUAAUGCACUUUUCAUCAAAGCUGACGAUGUCAAGCGCAAAGCCAUAGCAUCCACAUUUAGCUCGAAACAAUACCGUAGCAUUAUCAAUAGUGUAAUCACUACCAAUAUGGGUGCAGAAAUAUCUCAUCAAUUGUAUGUUCUACAAACACUUACUUUGGGGUUAUUGGAGCAGCGUAUGAAAACUCCCAUUGACAUCCAGGACCAGGAGGCACAGGAAAAAAUUAAAGAACUUCGGCGAAUCGCUUUUGAAGCGGAUGGUAUCGAACCGAUGCCAGAUGUAACCGCUCGUCGCCAACAUGGGGGAUCGUAUUCCACGCAUUACAAAAAACUUGGGUUCAAAUGUGAUAUCAAUCCUUCGCAGGACUUCUUAGAAACACCACCAGGGGUAUUAGCACUAGACUGUAUGGUUUAUUUUGCACGCAACUACACCCAAAAUUACACCAAAGUGGUCCACGAAAACAGCUGCCGAGCCGAUGAACAUGAGUGUCCUUUCGGUCGCACCAGCAUCGAACUUGUAAAAGUGCUCUGCGACAUUCUGCGCAUAGGUGAAUCACCAUCGGAGCACGGACAAGAGUUUCAUCCUAUGUUUUUCACUCAUGAUCAUCCCUUUGAAGAAUUUUUCUGCAUUUGUAUUGUGGUGCUGAAUAAAACCUGGAAGGACAUGCGUGCCACUACCGAAGAUUUCGUUAAAGUCUUCAGUGUAGUACGAGAACAAAUUACCCGUAGUAUUACAGGUCGCCCUGCAUCACUUGAGGACUUUAAAGCUAAAAUACAUACUUUUACAUACAACACCAUCACCACUUUGCGGCAACAGGAGCGAACCUCUCGUGAAGAGUGUGAAUCGACUGCUUCAGCUAUUGUAUCUUUAAAGGAAAAAAUCACUCCCGAAAUUAUGUCUUUGAUUAAAGAACAACGUUUAGGCUAUCUGGUAGUGGGAACUCGUUUCUCAAAGUACAGCGGAGGAAAACGUGAGCGGGAUAAAUACUGGUAUGCGCGACUUUCUCCGAACCACAAAGUUAUCCAUUAUGGUGAUUGUGAUGAAAAAACAGUACCGCUGCUGGAAGAACUGAACAACAAACUACCCGUGAUCGACAUUCGUCAGAUGUUGGUCGGUAAGGAGUGCCCCCAUAUGAAGGAAAUGCGAGCCAAGAAGUCCACUUUUCCACUCGGAUUUUCGUUGGUGACCGAAUCAAGCGAUCAGCAAACGUUGGACUUCGUCGCCCCAGACGAGACUACGUUCAAUUACUGGACGGAUGGAAUCAAUGCUUUGCUUGGUCAGCCGAUGGUUAGCAAGCAGAAGGAUGACGAUUUCGAAACGCUGCUGUCGAUGGAAAUCAAGCUGCGUUUGCUUGAUACCGAAGGGGUAGAUAUUAGCAAGGAUCCACCGCCGAUCCCGCCGGAACCGGAGAACUAUGAUUUCUGCUUCGAUAGUUAAGGUAAUCGCUGCGCUGGUAAUGACUUCCGUAAGGUAAUGGUUACUCUCUAUGUGUAGAGUAAGAGAAAGAACGAUUCUAGUGUUAGUGCUGCAUUUUCUGGCUAGAACCAAAGCUAUAUAUUUUAUUAUUUUUAUCUAAUUUUUCGGAAAUACUAAAUAUAUAUCGGGCAGUGAAGCGCACCAGCGAUUGCAAUUACGUUCCAUUUUGUUAGAAAUGACUAUGCACAUUUGCAGUAAUAUGUACAAAAAUCACGUUUUAACAAAAUUUUACAGCUGCAUUUUACUAGUUCAAAUUUACAGUAAUAAAUUUUAAGAAUUAUUUCAUUCCGUCAUUUUUUUCGAAAUUGACAUACACAUUUAAUUCGCUGGCACAGAAAUGAUGCUGGUUCUGAAAAAGUCGAUUGAAACGAUUGAAAUAGGUUUGUGAUAUUACAGAAAAGCAAAAUUAGAAAAUUCGUCAUUACACAGGAAUGUUUAAUUUUCAAGCUGCUCUGCGCGGAAAUAUUUUAAAUUCUGCAUCUGUGCGAUUUGUGCUCCUCUAUUACUAUUAUUUAAUUGUGCUAUUGAAUAUUCGCUAUCGUUUGUUCAAAAUUUAUUCAUAGAAAUAAAGUGAAGUGCUUUGCAAUAAAAUAUGUAGUAGAUUCCGUAUAUUUAUCGACCUGCAGAAAACAGCAAAACUGCGUUUCACGCGUAACAAAGUUUUCAAUUUGAAUAUAAUCCGAUUUAUUUUCUGUGCAAUUUCUUAAAUGAACCAAAAAAUUGAAUUUAUUGUAUUUCAUUAACAGUUUAGCAUAUUUGAUUAUUUUAGAGUGAGUAUUUGGCAACUUAAUAGUUGCCCAUCAAAUGCACAACAAUAAAUCAUAGCGUUAUAAAAAAUCACAAUGUAAUGAAAAACCACGAACAAUUUUACUUGCAAAAAAAUUAUUUACCUACUAAGCUUCUAUUUGUCUAUAAAGAUGAACAGUAACUGACUAACUAUUGUAAUACAAAUAUAUAAUCUGUUCACACAUACACAUGAUCGAAAAUGCAUAUUUUUAGGAAAUGCAUUGCAAUAAAUAAUUCUAUGGUUAUAUAUAAAUCUCAAUAAACACCGUAGCUUUUAAA